GCGUAGUAAAAGAAUAGAUGCGUAGAUUUUGAAAUUGGUUGUACAUAUGUUAUUAUCGUUUUUUUAUUGAAUUUUAAUAGCGUACAACUAUAUUUUCGUCUAGAACAGUAAAAAUAAACUUUAGCAAUUCUAUAUUUAUGUCAGCCGGGCCUCCGGUUGCCUUGGCAACAUAUACACGGCGAUAGGCUGCUGUAAUUUAGCUGUUCGAAACUUUUCUUCUUGCAUUAAAUAUUUUACACGUACUGUUGUUAAAAUGUCCGUUUACAACAGUAACCCAGCUGUUACAAGAAAGGGUUCCAAUGUUCAGAAGGUACCAGGUGGUAAACUCGGCGAGGGAUUCCUUGAGCCUCAAGGCAAAGGACUAAUUAAACCUCCAGAUCAAGUGGAGCUGUCUGAGGCUGAACUACAAGAGGAAAUCACAAGGAUUCUUACUACAAACAACCCGCAUGCUCCCAAAAAUAUUGUCCGCUUCAGCUUUAAGGAACGCGUCUACAAGUCCUGCGUCGUUGAUCAGAUGGCUGUUCUCUUUGAGAUGGAAGGCAGUCUGGUGCAUGAAGACUCUGAUGAAGGUCGAAGACUCAGAGCCAGGGGGAGUCUCUGUGAAGAACUAGCAGCAGGCGGGAUAGAGACAGAACCUGAUGAGGAAAAAUCAGAAGCUACGGUUACAACCACAGAAGAUGGAGGAGAAGUGGAAGAAGCUGGAGAAGAUGACAGACCAGACAGUGUUGCCUCAAAAAUUGACAGGAAGGAGCCAAAACAGACUAACCAGUUCAACUUCAGUGAGAGGUCCUCACAGACCCUCAAUAACCCCCUAAGGGACAGAAGCUGUCAGACUGAGCCCCCGCCCCGCUGCACCUUCUCUGCUACUGCUAACCAGUGGGAGAUCUAUGAUGCCUAUGUGGAGGAGUUGCAGCAACAAGAAAAAUCUCAGAGUGAUGAUUCCAAACUUAGGAAAGCAGCCAAAAUCCUUGAAAGAAUGGUCCAUCAGAACAUAUUUGAUGACAUAGCACAAGAUUUCAAAUACUUUGAAGAUCCCUCUGAUGAAUUUAGAGAUCCGGAGGGCACACUUCUCCCAUUGUGGCGGUUUCAAUAUGAAAAAGCCAAAAGACUGUCUGUUACUGCCCUCUGCUGGAAUGGCAAAUAUCAAGACUUGUUUGCUGUGGGUAUGGGAUCAUUUGACUUCAGUAAACAAGGAGCUGGCAUGCUUCUUGUUUACACACUGAAGAACUCAUGGUUUCCAGAACACAUCUACCCCACCACAUCUGGCGUCAUGUGCCUCGACAUCCAUAAGCAGCGUUCCUACCUGGUAGCGGUGGGCUUUCACAACGGCAGUGUGGCUGUCUACAACUUGAAACGGGAAGGAACAGAGCCUGUUCACCAAAGCACAGCUAAGACUGGCCAGCACACAGACCCUGUCUGGCAGGUACGCUGGCAGCAGGACGACAUGGACAACAACCACAAUUUCUUUUCUGUGUCAGCUGACGGCCGAGUUGUGUCUUGGACCCUUGUCAAGAAUGAACUGGUCUUCACCGACAUUAUCAGAUUGUCUGUGAACGGUACUGUACCAGAGGACCAGGAACAGUCACCGCAGGUCAGCGUGGCUUGUGGUACAGCGCUUGACUUCCACAAACAGACUGACUAUCUGUUCUUGGUUGGCACCGAGGAAGGGAGGAUACAUAAGUGCUCCAAGACUUACUCAAGUCAGUUCCUGGAGACCUAUGAUGCCCACAGAAUGUCAGUGCACGCUGUAAAGUGGAACCACUUCCACUCGAAGGUUUUCAUCUCCUGCAGUUCAGACUACACUGUCAAGAUCUGGGAUCAUACCAUUAGCAAUCCAAUGUUCACCUUUGACCUGAAUGCAGCAGUUGGAGAUGUUUCCUGGUCUCCAUAUUCAUCCACUGUGUUUGCGGCUGUCACAACAGAUGGAAGAGUUCAUGUUUUUGACCUCACUGUCAACAAAUAUGAGGCCAUUUGCCAACAGGCAGUGGUGACAAAAAAGGCAAAGCCGACUCGCAUCGAGUUCAACCCCAUCCAUCCUAUCAUCAUAGUUGGAGAUAACCGGGGCUACGUCACUAGUCUUAAACUCUCCCCCAACCUUCGCAAGAAACCUAAGGCCAAGAAGGGUCAAGAAGUCCCUGAAGGCCCAGAGGUGGAAGUAGCCAAGAUGGAGAAGCUCCUCAGUCUGCUGAGGGAACCCGAACAAAACACAAGUUGACAACGGCGGCCAUAACAAUCCUCACUUACACUGUUCUCAUUCCAUCCACUGUACAAGAGUAAAGAAUCUGUCUCUUCUGUUGUUAAAUAUUCUAUUGAGUAUUUUAAUUUCAAUCAUGUGAUACAUAUCACACAAGCCACAUUAAAUUGGCCGACCUCUGCUGUACGGACUGAUGAAGCUGUUCUUUUUAUAUAGGGUACAAGAUGAUUAAGCCAAAAAGUGAAGGAGAGAGUUACAGCCAGUGAAUUACAGGGAGAUAAAUAAGUGUAAUAGAGUAAGCAUUUGUGGACCACGUCCAGAUGACUAUCCUGGCAGGUACACACAGUUCUGGGCACUCGUCCAAGGACGUAACAAUGAUUUUUGCUGGGAGUCUUCUCGAUAUUGCUUUUAAUUUUGACCUUUUUUCUACUAUUCUUCCAUUGCAACUGAAUUAUCUUGUCCUUCAGGAGUGACUUUCCACCAACAACUGCUCCUCAACUCGUCUUAGAAACAAUGAUUGGGUUCAUGAAUCACUAAGGAGGGACACCGUUGUGACAUUUACCUUGGCUGUCGAAAAGAGCAGAGAAGUUUGGCGGGCCGGAUUAAAUAGUUGAAUGGGCCGCAUCUGGGCCACAGGCCUUAGUUUGCCCAAGACUGAUCUAGGAUAUCAGGACAUCAGAAGAGUUUAACUUAUGCCUUGGCAUUAUUAGGAAGGUAAUACAUCCCAAAACUUACUUCAAAUGAAGUUAGUUUUUGUUGCAUCUCUAGAGAGUGUACCUAAUUGUCUACUUCAGUUAAGAUGUCAGAUAUGACCUGGUUAUACAAGUACCAAGCCCGGCGGUCUGCCAAACCAUGAGACAAAUAUGGUUUUAGUUUCUGAAAGAAAUGCCCACAACUCUGUGUAAAUGACCUCUGUGCAAGGUCACGUCAUUGGUUCAUUUAUGUCAGGCUUAAAUCACAAGUCAGAGUGACACUUGAAUGACAUCUGCUGUAUGUAAAGCUCGGAAAAGUCAUUUAUAUGAGAAGUAGAUUAAAUAUCACGUAUACUUUGUGUAGCAGUGUUUUAUAUUCCUUCAUUAUGAUGCUGUGAGCCCAGCCACGCCGGUUGAACACUGAAUACUGAUACUGUUUCAGAGGAUGUGCGGCACAUUAGGCAAUGUCUGAUUCCUGCGUUCUGCAGGGUUCUACAUGAUCAAUCCCUCGCCACAGUCCUGUGUCGUGCAGCUCGACCAUCACGUUCAGCCACGAGCAGAUGUAGAGUAGCCGUUUUAAGGACUAAGCCUCUGUGGUCCUUAUGUAAUACUCUCAGAAAGACGGUAUGCUUCAGAGCUCGACCUUUUCAUGAGUGACAGCAGCAUACACAGUGUACACACAGGCUGGAGUCCAUGUCCUUUUUUUUUUUUUUUAGCACUGAGAAAUAAGAGGAUAUAUUUAGAAAGCAACAAAGACAGUCCAGCUGUUCCUUGUGUGCGUGGCUUUCUCUAAAAAGUCUUGUGUUUUCCUGCAUCCUUCAUUUAAUGGCGUGGUUUUUCAGGCUGAUCAAAUUAAUCCACCAUCGGUAUUUUCCUCUAUCCUGCCCUGUCAACCCUAGGGUGGCAGCUGACGAGUGACGGUU